AUGCGUUUUACCGCCAUUCUCGUUGCCCUCUCUGGUGCCUUCGUCGCCGCCAACGCCGUUAUCCUCAAACGCCAGAGCCUCCCUACCUGCGCAGACACCUGCUUGACGAACGCCAAUCUCGAUGGCUGCAACGCAAGCGAUGACAGCUGUCUAUGCAAUGACAAGACGUUCGUUGACAGCGUCACCUCCUGCAUCGAGAGCGCCUGCACCGGGAGCGACCUCACCGAGGCCGAGGAGUAUGCCCAGCAGCUCUGUCUCGCGGUCGGUGUGACCUUAACCGCGAGCAGUGCCGCAUCUACAUCUGGUUCUGCAACUGCUUCGGGAUCCAGCACGAGCAGCGCCACGGCUACCUCCACAUCUACCGCCGCUUCGUGA